AUUAGCAAACGUAUACAUCUGCACUCCGACUCUCCACUUUACGAGGCUUGGCUGGAUCCACCAGUGCCAAUUUUUCUUCAGUUCUACCUUUUCAGCUUGCUUAAUGCCGACGGUAUAAAGCAGGGUGAAAAACCUGUGGUUAAACAGCUCGGGCCCUACACGUAUGAAGAGAAGAGAGAGAAGUUGAAUGUAUUCGCUGACCCUGCAAAAGGUGAAAUUUACUACACUGAGCAGAAGUUAUAUCAAUUUCGGGCUGACCUCUCCAACGGCACCGAAUCCGACGUUCUGGUUCAGUUCAACAUAGCUUACAUAACGGUAGCUAAUAUGCUCAAAAAUCAGUCAGCCAUAGUUGAUUUCAUAGUUGAAACGUUAGAAUCGGCCCUUAGGGAGAAAGUUUUCGUAAAGCUUACGGUGGCCGAGUUGAUCUGGGGCUACGAAGACCGUUUGUUGGCAGCAUUGGCUAAUUUCGGCAUCCGACCGUUUGGAAACGCCACUAAGCUGGGUCUAUUCGUUGGCCAGAAUGGCUCUCGGGCGGGAGAAUAUGUGAUAGACGACGGCGCCAGAUCUCUGGCACAUUUAGGCAAGAUUAUGGCCUUCCAGAAUCACUCUCAACUGACUUGGUGGGCUUCUGGGCCGGCGAAUCAAAUAAACGGCACUGACGGAACUCUGUUUUCGCCAGGUCUACGUCUUGCCGACAGGAUAUACAUCUUCUCCCCCGACAUCUGCCGCUCGAUCCACUUGGAAGCGACGGAAACCGUUCGGUUUCUUGGCCUCCAGACGCUGCGAUUCCUUCCACCGACCAGCCUGUUCGAGUCGCCUCUGCUCAAUCCCGACAACAAGGGCUUCUGUCCCACCUAUCCGAACUGCCUCAAGUCUGGCGUACUCAAUUUGGGCCCAUGUCUACAAGGGGCUCCGGUUAUCGUCUCACAGCCACAUUUCUACCAGGUAGCAUACUUUGACUUGGUUACGCUGGGUUGCAUCAGGUAA